CCUCCUUGCCUUGCCUCAUUUUCUCCUCACUGUCUGUCACUGCAGAUGCACCUUGAAGACACAGGGAGCCAGACCAGAGUCAUGAUCCUUCAAGCCCUCACCCUGGCUGCCCUGCUCAGUCCCCACGGAGCUGGCACCUUCCAGGUGGACCAUGUGUCAAUGUACGCCGAGUUUGUCCAGACACACAAACCUUCUGAGGAGUACAUGUUUGAAUUUGAUGAAGAUGAGCAGUUCUACGUGGACCUGGAUAAGAAGGAAACUGUCUGGCACCUGCCAGAGUUUAUUCACGCCUUUGACUAUGAUGCUCAGAGGGGCAUUGCUGACAUCGUCAUGGCAAGGAAGAACCUGAACACCAUGAUCCAACGCUCCAACCACACCAGGGCCACAUCCGAGCCCCCUGAGGUGACCAUGUUUCCCAAGGAGCCUGUGGAGCUGGGCCAGCCCAACACCCUCAUCUGCCACGUGGACAAGUUCUUCCCGCAGGUGCUCAACGUCAUGUGGCUGCGCAAUGGGCAGGCGGUCACCGAGGGUGUGGCUGAGACCAUCUUCCUGCCCAGCACAGAAUUUAGAUUCCACCAGUUCCACUAUCUGACCUUCCUUCCCACCGCCGAGGACGUCUAUGACUGCAGGGUGGAGCACUGGGGGCUGGACCAGCCGCUCCUCAAGCACUGGGAGGCCCAGGAGCCGAUCCAGGUGCCUGAGAUGGAGACCGUGGUCUGCAUGCUGGGCUUGGCGGUGGGCCUGGUGGGCAUCAUCACCAGCACCGUUGUCCUGAAGACCAGGUUAUCCGAGAGCGUCCCCUGUGACAACCUUUCCUCAACGGAAGAGGACACAGGGGAGUCCCCAGCGUCAGAUCUGCUUUAA